UCUAUCUUUUCGAGACAAAUUUUUAUUUUCGUACAAGAAGAACUAGGAAGAAGGGGAGAAAACCAAUAAAUUUGGAAGGGUAUAGAUGCCCUCUCCAAAGAGCAAUGUCCAACAACAUUGAUGGAAGAAGCAAUGUCAAGGACUACCAAGACCCACCUCCCGCUCCCUUCAUCGAUUCCGACGAGUUCACUCAAUGGUCAUUUUACAGAGCCAUUAUUGCAGAGUUCGUUGCCACGCUUCUCUUCUUGUACAUUCUUGUUCUCACUGUCAUUGGCAAUGCCAGACUCUCCGACACCAAUAUCUGCGGCGGCGUCGGCGCUUUAGGCAUUUCCUGGGCCGUCGGCGGCAUGAUCUUCGUCCUUGUUUAUUGCACUGCUGGAAUUUCUGGUGGCCAUAUUAAUCCGGCGGUGACGUUCGGGCUGCUGUUAGCUCGAAAAAUCUCCCUAGUCAGAGCUUUUUCUUACAUUUUGGCUCAAUGUUUGGGCGCCAUUUGUGGGUGUGGGUUAGCUAAAUCAUUACAAAAGACUUAUUACGUUCAGUACAACGGCGCAGCCAAUAUGGUGGCCAAUGAGUACAGCAUCGGUACCGGCUUAGCCGCAGAGAUAAUCGGAACUUUUGUUCUUGUUUACACUGUCUUCUCCGCCACUGACCCCAAAAGAAACGCUAGAGAUUCUCACAUCCCAGUUUUGGCACCACUCCCAAUUGGGUUCGCUGUGACUAUGGUUCAUCUAGCUACCAUUCCGAUCACCGGCACCGGCAUCAACCCAGCUAGAAGCUUAGGAGCUGCUGUGAUUUUUAACAAAGCCAAGGCCUGGGAUCAUCAUUGGAUCUUUUGGGUUGGGCCAUUCAUUGGAGCUGCCAUUGCUGCACUUUAUCAUGUAGUGAUCAUAAGGGCAGGAACCAUUAAAGCUCUGGCUUCCUUCAGAAGUUCAUCUGCUCUAUAAAUCUUAUCCCUAUCUUGUUUGUUCCAAAACCUGCCAUUUUCUGUAAUUCUGAAUUUGCUUUUUUGUACUAAAUUAAUGAAGUGUGUUAUGUUUAUGCUGAGUGUUCAUCUUUCUUCAUCCAAUUUCUUUACAAAUUUAAACAAACCUUCUUUGCCAUUGAUUCUCAAACUCACUUUGUUGAUUGAUUUGGUGAUGAGAGAAUUAAUGAAUGGGUUCCCUUUAUGCAAGGGUUUAUUUAA